GUACAGGUAAAAAACAGUAUCACUCGGAAGGGCGUUUAGUUUCAACCUUUCGGCUUAUCUUGACUCAGCUUUGCGAGGGCCUAGCAGAUACAGAACUUCAUAAAAGUUCUCGUAACGUAAUAUAAAACCAGGUAUUUUUUUUUUCCCAAAAAAAGGAAGGAAUAUUUUGGAAGCAUUGUUUGUGGAUAUGUUGACCUUCGUCUUUGUGUGCCUCUCUAUCUCAGUCACAGGCCUUCAUGCCGCUUUUACGGUUACUGUUAGUCCUGCAGCAAAAGUGAAAGAAAAUGACGGAGUUGACUUGAAAUGUUCCUACACUGCUGACUUUGGAUCAACACCCAGAAUAGAAUGGAAGUUUAAGGAUCUCAAGGGCUCUCAAACAUUAAUGUACUUUGAUAACAAACCAACUGGUAAAUAUGAAGGUCGUAUCACUGUGUAUGAUGGAGGACUGAGAUUUAACAAGUUGACACGAGCAGACACUGGAGACUAUGACUGUGAGGUGUCUGGCAAUAGUGGAUAUGGCGAGGGUAGCAUCAAAGUCACAGUCCUUGUGCCUCCUUCCAAGCCCGUAUCCAGAAUUCCUACAUCGGUGACAACAAGCAGUAACGUCCGCCUGACCUGUUUCGAUGCAGAUGGCUCUCCUCCAUCCACUUAUAAGUGGUACAAAGAUGGCACUCCCCUCCCUGAUGAUCCAAGCAAGUUCCCCAAUUUUAAGAACCUCACCUACAAGAUGAACGUUUUCAAUGGUAACCUGGAGUUCCCGAGUGUGUCCAAGCUGGAUACCGGUUCAUAUUUCUGUGAGGCCAGUAAUGGAGAAGGCGUCCCUCAGCGUGGAGAUGAAGUGCGCAUGGAAGUCCGUGAUCUAAAUGUUGGUGGCAUUGUUGCUGGAGUUAUUGUGGCUUUGCUGGCAGUGGCAUUGCUCCUCUUUGGUCUCUGGUAUGCCAGUAAAAAGGGAUAUCUGCCAGAAAAGAGAGUGAGCAAGCCGAAACAACAAGCUGUUUACACACAGCCUAGAAUGGAUGAUAUGGAUGAUGGGGAUGGAGAAUUCAGACAGAAAUCAUCUUUUGUUGUGUAGUCUGUGCUACUUUGGAUGAAACGUCAAGAUUCUGUGCCUAGAUCAAUUUUUUUUCUGUUUAAGUUCAUGCAAAUCAGGAUGAGUGUGUAUGUGAUGAGAUGUGCCUCCCUGUCCAGCUUACCACUCUAGUUGAUCAUAGACAUAUUCAAAAGCUAUAAAGCAACCAUUGUAAAUGUGUGAAAGUGCAGGUUUAGUUUUAGGAAUUUAAAUCCUGCGUCUGUGUUUUGUAGAAAUGAAUAGAAAUGUAAUUUAUUAAACUAUGAUUGAUCUAUGAGAGGAAAUAGAAUUUGCUCUGAUUAUAAGCAGUUGUUUAGUUAUGUAUGGACUGAGAUGUCCAGUGCUAUUUUUACAUGACUCUGCACUAUGAGAAACUUUUUUGGGAAGAGAAGGUACUUUGAAUGCUCUCCAUUCAGGAAAUAAUAUCCCCUCUGCUUUAUAUAAACAUUUGCUGUACAUUGUAGUCAUAGAUAUGUUGUUUGUUUACUUCACUGACAUUUUUAUGAUAGCGUACCUUGUGUGUGUUUUUAUGUGUUUUAUACUUCAUGAAAUGUAAAUAGAUCUUUCUGUCUUUUUAUUCGAUUUUUAAGGAUUUAAAAUCAUGCUUCAUUGAUUUAUUCAUCUGGGAACAAAUCACAAAACUUUUAUUUUUCCUUUUGUUUGAUUGAAAUUUUAAUGUGUUGAUCCCAUUCUUACAAUAAAUGAAAUUUACUGAAUAUGACUUAAGUAAUAUAAGAUAUUGACAUUCCUCUGGCUUUCUGUCUUUUAUGCAGAAAACCACUUGUAAGUGCUGUGGUUGCCUCAGCUCAACAAUAUGACUCUGAUUCUGGGAAAUAUCACUAUACUAUCACAUAGGAUGACAUUAGGAAUGAGUGUGUUUUUAUCGCAUUAUUUCUAAACGUACAAAAAAAAUUUUUGAGGUGAGGUGAUCUGAAUAUGUCCGCUAGGAGGCAGUGUAGGACAAUAACAAAUUUUGCACAACUUCGAACACUGUUGAAAUUGAUUGAAAUUGUUAUGGAUCUAUAACAUAAAAUAAAAUAAAUUGUUUUGAUUGUA